GGGGGGCCGUGGAGGACGAGAGAUACGACUAGCUAGUAUUAACUUGUGCAGUUGAAACGUUUCUCUAUGUGCAGAAGAUGACUACCAUGGAGCUGGUUGAUGUUGCAGUGAUAGACCACCCAUCGGAAAUAAAAAGGAGGCAGAACUCCGAGGACGCCGAUAGAAGGCUUUCUUUGGGCGGACAGUGCCUGCAUCACCCAACAUUUACCACAGCACCACCAUUUGACCCAGCUGAGCAUAUUAAAGUGAGCUCUUUUUAUGAAGUUGAUCACUCCAAGCUGCCUCAUAAAUCCCCUGAUCAACUCAACAAAACCCGGGUUGUCAUGGUGAAUGAAAAGACCAGGAUGAGAGUCUCGCUGAGGUUUCCAAGCAUCGAUUCUCUAAGAUGUUACUUCAAUGAGAUUGGAGCUAUUAAUUACAAGAAAGACAUGAAAACGAAGAAGAAGCAGCUACCAGCAUUCGAUGAGAAAUAUACUAUAGGAUCAGAAGUUGCAGCGGAAGCUCUUUAUAGGAGAAUCUCUUCUCCAGAAAUUGCAGACAAGAGUUACUCAUGGAGUUUCUGGAUGGUUAAACAUCCUUCGGUUUCACCUCGAAAAGUGUCAUACCCACCUACAAGUACUCAUGUUAAUAAAUUUGUUGGUGCAAGGAAGGUGUCUCUCAUGUCUGAGCUCAACGGGACAGGCAUGGUUAAGUGGGGUCAGCGCCGGCAGGUCAGGUUCUUGGCUAAACACGUAGAGGAUAAACGUGAAAUAGUGACUGCAUCGAAGGAUUUGAUUAAAAGCGAAGAAGAGAAAGACAGUGAUGGUAGUGAUGAUGAUACAGACGAGAAGGACGAGGAGGAGGUCGAUGUUAAGCUAGUAGUAAACAAGUCAAGUGAAGCUAAAAGGAAAUUACGUAAGAGGAAGUGUCAAGGUGGGUCUGGUAUUAGCAAAUCAUCACCGAAAAAGAAAAGGCGUAAAAUUGAAAAGAAGAACCAGAUUGUGGUUUAUAGGCAAAAGAAGAACAAACUCAUCAAGAAUUCUAUUGACAGAUGGUCUGCGGGGAGAUAUAAAUUGGCUGAGGAAAACAUGUUAAAGGUAAUGAAAGAGCAAAAUGCUGUGUUUCGACGCCCAAUUUUAAGGCCAGAAUUGAGAGCUGAGGCACGGAAGUUGAUUGGGGAUACUGGGCUGUUAGACCACUUGUUGAAGCAUAUGUCAGGGAAGGUGGCUCCGGGAGGAGAAGAGAGAUUCAGAAGGAGGCAUAACGCAGAUGGAGCAAUGGAAUAUUGGCUGGAGAAGGCUGAUCUGGUUGAUAUCAGGAAAGAGGCUGGCGUGCAGGAUCCUUAUUGGACACCUCCACCAGGGUGGAAACCUGGUGAUAAUCCUAGUCAGGAUCCUGUUUGUGCUAGAGAGAUCAAGGAGCUCAGAGAAGAAAUUGCUAAAAUUAAAGGGGAGAUGGAGGCAAUGGUGUCUAAAAAACGCGGGGAGGGAUUAGCAAUAGUGGCAGCACCGAGUUAUUCUCAUACAAGUCAGGACAUGGCGCACGACAACUUAUUAAUUCCACUGAAGGAAAUGUACAUUGAUUUGGUGAAUAAGAAGGUAAAGAUGGAGGAACAACUAAAGGAAAUUUCAGAAUCUUUGUAUGGGAUGAAGGAAGAAAUGGAGAAGCUAAAAACCAGAGUGGAGAAAUCAAACAGAGCAGAGUCAACAGAAAAGCCAGCUUUAUUAAUGGGUUCAACAGAGUCAAUCACGCCCGCAGGAACUGGAAGAAAGGGGAAAGGAGUAAUGCAUCAGGAAAAAGAAGCAACGGUUUUAGGGGAAUCAGCACAAGAACAAUGCAAGCCAUCAUCAGGAGGCAUCAUAGUACCAAGAACAGAAUCACCAGCACCAACAGAGGACAGGGCAGCAAGGAUAGAGAGGCUGAAAAGUGGGUUUAGAAUAUGCAAGCCCCAGGGAAGUUUCCUGUGGCCGGAUAUGACUACCUUAACUCCUCACCCUCAGGUUGUGGUCCUUCUAGAAGACCUCAUUGCGGUACACACACCUCCCUCAGUGUCCUCCACUACACCAAAACAAUCUCACUUCCUCUUUGCUCCUCCCUCUCAAACCCAUACACCCCACCGUACUUUCCCUGUGAAGCCAUUAGCUGAGAGAAGGCCUGUCACCAUUCCCCAAUCCACAGCUGCCACGACUCCAACUACCUGUCCUCCCCUUGAUCAAAUGACUCACUCCCAGUAUGAGAAUAGCAGCAUUUCCACUUCUACUACCAUCACCACCACUACCAAAACCCCUCUCAUCAACCUUAAUGAGCCACUGAAUAUCAAUCAAACUGAUGAUUAUGGAUUGUUUUGUGGAUCCCAGACUCAUGCUGAAGCCUCUCCUCACCCUGUCACUUACCAAAGAAGACAUCAUCAAAAUGUGACCACCAGUAUUGCCAUGCCAAGUUUGGGACCCACAAAGAAAGGGAUGAUGAGCCAAUGGGAGGAAGGUGAUCGGAGAAAAGGAAUGAUAAGGUUCUGUGAGCAGUGUGAGCAGCAACAGGGUUGCUCCUCUGCCUCUUCCAUUGCAUCUUCUUCCUUGCCAAUGGGAAAGGCGACUUGGUUGGCUCUGGCUACUUCUAAGGCUUCCGUGGAGCACAAAUCUAAAAGGGGUUAAACAAUCUAUGAUAA